GGGUGAGGAGCCAGACGAGGACUGCGGCGAAGAGGGCGAAGUGGGCCGCCCCCUCGUACUUGUGGGCCGCCACGGUGACCCAGAAGGCGGCGCCCAUCACCAGCUGCCCCAGACGCAGCAGCCCCAGGGGGCUCCGCAGCGGCCGGGGCCAUGGGCACGCCGGCCUCGGUGGUGAGCGACCCCCCGGGCCGGGCGGUGCCCGCAGCCCGCGGCCGCAAGCGGGCCUCGGCCAACAUCUUCCAGGGCGUGGGGCUGCCGGAGCUGCGGAGCCUGUUCCGGAGCGGCGGGGCCGAGCGGCCCGAGGAGCGCGCCCACCUCGUCUGGCGGUACGGCGGCCAGCGGCGGAUGGCCCGGGCCCUGCGACGGCUCCGGCGGCGGCGAGCGGCCGAGCACGGCCUGGGGACGGCGGCACUGCGGCGCUUCGGCCGCCUGCGGAUCACCGAGAAGGAGCCGGAGCCUGGCGGCGGCGGGGCUGAGGCGGCGGCGGGGUCCCCGCAGCAGUGCUGAGCAGCAGGGCUGCCCGGGAACCGGCCCUGGGGGGCUGCGGGACGGCAGCGCUGGCUGGGCUCACCCCAGACAGAGUG